AAAAAAAAACUGCGACCGAAAGAACAUCGUGCGGAACGGGACCGAAGUGUGGAAGAACAUAAAGAAAUUAGCCCCACAUACCACCGCUCGGGCCACGGUGGGGGAAUUUCGUAGCAGUUUUCGUUUCCGGUGCAUUGAUCGGGUGCGUGUGGUGUCCGUCUCGUCUUGCAGCAUCGUGCGAUGCAUCUCGGCCACCCCCACGGGCACAACCUGAGUGGAUGCGAUUCUGUGUAAUUUCUCGUGAUUCAUUGCACGCGCAGCAGGCUGAGUGAGAAAAAAGGGUCGUGCGUGUUCGCAAGAUUCGGCCAGCAACAUUAGCCCCUAGCACCAUCGGCAAAAGCAAAAGGCUACGCAGUACAAAAGCAUUGUUCUAGGGAGUAGCGGGGGGAAAAGGUCGUGGAGCGGACCGCGUAAGUGCAUAAUCGGGCGAGUGCAGCCCUCCCCAUUUGUCGGUGCAAAACUCUGUCGUGGGAUGCACCCCCCAGCACCCAGUGUGAAGUGUGCAUGAGAGGGGUAGUGGCAUGUGCAAACCCAUCCCCGUAUUCCCCCUGUUCCAGUGCAGCGCAAACCCGUUCCGCCGCACUGCCGCACUUCGCUCGAUGACUAAUCCAUCCAACCGUAUCGUCCGGCGCAACAAUACCGUGGUGCAGCUGGCGGUGGUGGUGGCGGCGUAAAACACUCCACCCAGGACGGGCAUGCGAUCGCAGCCCAGAGCAGCAUUCAGACGACGCUACUACUACUAUCGCCGCACGGUCCGUCACCGUCCGGUUCCGGUCCGGCGCAGACUAUCGGGUUAGACGUCAUGACACCGCAGCGACCACCGCGGCGAAGGGCCCAGUCCGUGGGCAACUCGAGCUACGGCUCGAGCCCGGCCCUGUCGUCCCACACGCCCCGAGGAUCACUCUUUACCGCUAACGAGGAAGAUGUAUGCUACGUACGCAUCCGGGUCCUGGGGGCGAGCGGACUGGCCAAGAAGGACAUCUUUGGCUACAGCGAUCCUUACGUGAAGAUCGAGCAGAACACCAUCACCGGCGACGUCAACGUGGACCACAUGGUGACGAAAACGAAACGAAGGACGCUGAACCCGGUCUGGAACGAGGAGUUUGUGUUUCGCGUCAAACCGAACGAGCACAAGCUGGUGUUUCAGGUGUUCGACGAGAAUCGGCUGACGCGUGACGGCUUCAUGGGGCUGGUCGAUCUGACGCUGAUCAAUUUGCCGCACGAGAGCGACCAGCGCACGAUCGCGCCGCAGCGGUACACGCUGCGGGCCAAGCGCCAGUCCAGCCUGCGCGUCAGCACGAAGGUGCGCGGCACGCUCGAGCUGUACCACGCGAUCAUGCGCGACGACGAUCCGGCGAUCGGGCGCACCCGCACGGCGAUCGGCGGCAGCAAUCGAGCUUCGGCCACGAGCACACCGCUGGCCGCGCACCGCAACGCCGGCCUGUACCCGCAGCAGCAGCUGCCCCUGAACCAUCCGCAGCAUCCGCAGCACCGGCUGCACCAGCUGGCGUCGCUGACGGCGCAGCCGAACGAUGCGCUGCCGCCCGGCUGGGAGGUGCGGCAGGAUCCGGUCGGCCGGAUGUACUACGUGAACCAUAUCGCGCGCACCACCCAAUGGGAGCGGCCCACCAUUGGCCCGUCCCAGCCCGGGCUGAACGAGAUGGUGGCCGCGUUCCAGCGUCGCUUCCACAUCAGCAACGAUCCCGACAAUGGAGGCAGCGGUAGCAACAACACGAGCAUGGCCGACACUGUCAGUAUUACUUCGGAAAAUGGCGACACCACCGCGGCGGCGGUCGGGAAUAGGUCGGGCGCCCCCGGUAUCGGCUCACCGAUGGUGCUCGCGGCCGACCACCCGCUGCUAUCUACGCUGAUGGCGCAGUCCGGCGACGGUGGUGGCCGAGGCACGGCGGUGGCCACUCCGGAACGUCCCGCCAGUGCACCGCGCGGCGAUGACGCGGAACCGACGGUCGAGCUGUCGCCAUCGCCCUCGGUCGCUUCGAUUGCUAGCAGUGGGGCGGGCGGUACGUCGAUACGCCCGAUACGUCCGGCACCUCCGCCGCCACCCGGAGGCGGCGGCGGCGGCUCGUCAGCGUCGUCGGCCCGCGCCAGUCCCGUCGGCACGCCGGUACCGAGCCAGCGACGCCGGUCGUCACCCGGCAGCAGCGAAAGUGCACAGGCGACCGCGAUCGAGGCAGGCAGCGGCGAAGCGGGAGACACUUCUGGCCCGUCCGCACCUAUCGCAACGGCUGACGACGAACAGCCAAACGCAAGCGCGCCGGUCAAUGGAAGUGCGGAAGGCGGCGCCCCGUCCACUGUUCCACGGGAGGUCAGUGAAACUGCAACGUCUUCCAUCGGUAGCGAACAAACCGCAGCGACGACGCCCAACCGACCGGACACUGCCGGUGGUGGGCCAGCGGUGGCCGUACAGCCAACAUCGCCGAGUCAUCCAACGACUCCGGCACCGACGGCACAGCCGAACGCGACCGGCCUACCGCCCGGCUGGGCCGUCCAGGUAGCGUCGAACGGGCGGCUGUUUUUUAUCGAUCACAUUAACAAAACCACCUCGUGGGUCGAUCCGCGCACUGGCCUGGCCAGUCCGAUACCGAGCGCCGGGUCCGACGGGGUUGCGGCGGGCGGUGCUGGAUCGACCGCCGGCAGCGGCCACGGCAGCCGGGGUGAUUCGCGCUCCUCGGACGACAACCUGGGGCCACUGCCGGAGGGCUGGGAGGAACGGGUGCACAGCGACGGGCGUACGUUUUUCAUCGAUCACAACACGCGCACGACGCAGUGGGACGAUCCGCGGCUGUCCAAUCCAAAGAUCGCUGGCCAGGCGGUACCGUACUCGCGCGACUACAAGCAGAAGUACGAGUACUUCAAGAGCCAGCUGCAGAAACCGAGCAACGUGCCAAAUAAGAUCGACAUCAAGGUGCGGCGGGCGUCCAUACUGGAGGAUUCUUAUCGCGUCAUCAACUCGGUCACGCGGCUCGACCUGCUCAAGACGAAGCUGUGGGUCGAGUUCGAGGGCGAGACGGGGCUGGAUUAUGGGGGGCUGGCGCGCGAGUGGUUCUACCUGCUGUCGAAGGAGAUGUUCAACCCGUACUACGGCCUGUUUGAGUACUCGGCGAUGGACAACUACACACUGCAGAUCAACCCCAACAGUGGGCUGUGCAAUGAGGAGCAUUUGAACUACUUCCGGUUCAUCGGGCGCAUUGCGGGCAUGGCAAUCUACCACGGCAAGCUGCUGGAUGCGUUCUUCAUCCGACCGUUCUACAAGAUGAUGCUGCAGAAGUCGAUCGACCUGAAGGACAUGGAGGCGGUCGACACGGAGUACUACAACUCGCUGCUCUACAUCAAGGAGAACGAUCCGAGCACGCUGAUGCUUACGUUCAGCGUGGACGAGGAAAGCUUCGGCACGACGAACCAGCGCGAGCUGAAACCGAACGGGGCCGAUCUGGAGGUGAGCAACGAGAACAAGGACGAGUACAUCCGGCUCGUGAUCGACUGGCGGUUCGAGGCGCGCGUCAAGGACCAGAUGCAAGCGUUUCUGGAGGGCGUCAGCUCGCUGGUGCCGCUGCAUUUGCUCAAAAUUUUCGACGAGAACGAGCUUGAGCUGCUGAUGUGCGGCAUCCAGAGCAUCGACGUGAAUGACUGGAAGAAGAACACGAUGUACAAGGGCGACUACUACGCGAACCAUGCGGUGGUGCAGUGGUUCUGGCGCGCGGUCCUGUCCUUCAACAAUGAAAUGCGCUCCCGGCUGCUGCAGUUCGUGACCGGCACGUCGCGCGUCCCCAUGAACGGGUUCAAGGAGCUAUACGGCUCGAACGGGCCGCAGCUAUUUACGAUCGAGAAGUGGGGCACGGUGAACAAUUUCCCGCGCGCCCAUACCUGCUUCAACCGGCUGGAUCUGCCGCCGUACGAGAGCUACGCCCAGCUAAAGGAAAAGCUAAUCAGCGCAAUCGAGGGCAGCCAAGGUUUUGCCGGCGUCGAUUAAUGCGCCUCCCCCCUAUGCUGCGGAACAAUACUGGAACACGAGUAGGGCAUGCAACUCCGCGACAACAUUGUGGCACGUAUACCUGCACGAAGCGGUUCUUUUUUUGUUUUGUUUGAGAUUAAGGCAACCUUAAUGCCUUUUUUGUAAUUGUUGGUGCCCACGCUGGUGGACGCACGGAUGUGUUUAAAUGAGUUUGGCAUGUUUCCCACAUCCCAAGCUGCAACUGGCCGGUUCCCACUGGUAAUGCAAAUACGCAAAACGGAAAGCCAUAGGUAAAUGACUCUACUCGUGCAUUGAUACACACACACGACCCAACACAUUCCGUGGUAGAAGAUUACUUAUAAAUCAGAUCGCCUGUUAAAGAAAAGA